AAUCAAGUAAAUUAAACAGAUAAGCUACAUUUAAAGAAAUAGUUGAAUUGAAAAUAAUAGUAAUGAGUGAAAAGGUUGAAACAAGAGAAGAUGAAGAGCAAGGAUUAAAAUUAAAUGAAACAAUCGAUCUUCUUCUUGCUGCUGGAUAUUUUCGGGCUCGAAUCAAAGGAUUAUCACCAUUUGAUAAGGUAGUUGGUGGUAUGACUUGGUGCAUUACAUUGUGUGAUUUUGAUGUUGAUGUAGACUUAUUAUUUCAAGAAAAUUCUACAAUUGGUCAAAGAAUAGCUCUGACAGAAAAAAUUGUUGCUGUCUUGCCAAAGAUGAAAUGUCCACAUCAAAUUGAGCCUCAUCAAAUACAAGGUCUUGAUUUUAGGCACAUAUUUCCUGUUGUGCAGUGGUUAGUUAAGCGUGCUAUUGAAACAAGAGAGGAGCUCGGGGAUCAAAUUCGACUUUAUUCGAUUAGCCAGUUUAGCAAAAAAUAUUCUUUACCUCAAGAUGACAUAGUUGAGAAAAACAAAGAUAAAAGUAUAAAAACUUUUAAAGAACUAAAGAAUACAUAUAACCCAAAAAGAUUGUACAAAAAACCCUCCAAGUUUGCUGAGGCAGAUGAAGAAACACAGGUUUAUACAACACUUCUAGAAUAUGGCAGACACUAUGUUUUAAGUCGUACAGUUAAAUCAGAAAAAGAAACCAAUCAGUUAAAGAAAGAAAACUUAACUGAGGUUGAUAGUCUUGUAAAGGUUGAUUCAUCAGAUGAUAUUGAAAAAGAAGAAGAUAGAAUUAAAUCAUUGAUGGGUGGAAUGUCUCAAACAGAUCUGCAGGAAAUUUUAACAUCGCGUGCAGUUGGUUCUAUUGUUGGUUUACAAUCAGAUGAAAUUACUCAGAUAGUGAAAGAGUAUGCUGAAAGGAAAGAAGCUUUUAAAAAUGAAACAAGUGAUAUAAAAGUUAGUGGCUUGCAGGCUCACAAACGAGAUGUUGCUGUUGUGGAAAAAAAUAUUAAAAAUGAAAAAGAAAAGUUAGAAGAGGUUCAAAAGCAGUUGAAGAUUCUUAAAGAAGAAUCGAUCAAAUCAAUAGAGAAUUAUGAGGAGAAAGUUCAAAACAGAGACAAGUUAAAAAUGGAAAUGGAAAAGUUAGAAAGAUUUGAGAAUGAUGAAAAUUCAAGUGUUUUAUCAAAACUGCGAUCAUUAGUAGCAUUGAAUGAGAAGCUCAAACAACAAGAACGAGAAUUUAAAGCACAAUGCAAGAUAGAACUUGAGGAACUUGAAGGAAAGAUAAAAGAAUUGCAAUCGGAAAUCAACGAAGAGAAUGUAGAUGAUGAAAGGAUUCAAAUAAUAAAUGAGCAAUUCGAUAAUGAAACAGAAAAACUGAAAAAAUAUCGUCUUCAUCUGGCAAAGCGCAAUAGAGAAAUUGCAUCAUUACAAUGGAAGAUAGAUGAUGUCCCAAGUCGAGCUGAACUCUCUCAGUACCAAAAAAGAUUUAUUGAACUUUAUAACCAAGUUGCAUCAACUCACAAGGAGACAAAACAAUUUUAUACAUUUUUCAACACAUUAGAUGAUACAAAGCUUUACCUUGAAAAAGAGAUUGGUCUACUUAAUUCAAUCCAUGACAAUUUCAAAACUGCUAUGUUGCAAUCUGCAUCUUCUAAGGAUGAGUUUCUCACACAGUUGGCUAAAAUAAUGGAAGGAGUACAACUUAAUAAGGAAAAAGUUGAAAAGCGUCGUCUGCUAGAGAAGGAAAAGAAAGAUAAAUUAAAUGAUCAAUGUACAAAAAUGGUAGAGAAGCAACGUCUGUACUUUAAUACAGUACGUGAUUUUCAAGAAGAAUGUAAAAAGAAUGAAAUCAUCAGUACAAAAUUGGCAGCUGCUGUUAGAAAUUAGUUUAUCCUGUACAUAUUUCCAAUAAAAUGUUGUUAAGUUUUAACUUAAAAAAUGUUUAGUAUGAUUUAGUUAA